GCCCUGGAUGGGAGACGUGCGCGCGUCCCGGCUUCCCGGGACUGAGGGCGUGGGAGCCGAGGCGGUGUCGCCGGCCGGGGGGAAGAAACGGAAGAGGCGACCGCUGAGCGGGCGGUGAGAACGCCGUGCAGGGCGGGUGGUCCCGGGGUGCGGGCCCCGCAGACGCGUCCUGGCUGACGCGGGGGCGGGGCCUGGGGCUCCUCAUCCCUGGUGAUACAGGGCUCGGCCGGUGAGAUGGGGCCGCCCGUUAACCGGGCUUUCCUAAGAAACCAUCCGAGUUAGGGAUUCGGAAGGAAGACCAAACACGUGUGGCACUUCCCGGAAACAGUGGCCCGGACGUGGCGAGAGCGCCGAACGCUCCGCGGGGUGUGCUAACUGCACGUCGUGCGAGCGGGCUGGCGGCUCCGCACUUCGUGGCCGUCCCCUCCCCCUUUGAAAACACUUCCGUGCGUUUGAACUGUCUCCUAGCGGUGGGUCGACCCGGGAGACCCCGGGAUCGUUUGACAGGUGGACAGAUGGGGACUUGCUGGGAAUGUCCUGACACGUCUCGUAGAUACCUUUCCCCCGUUAAAUGUCGCUUACACUUGAUGCCUUAAUUGCACUACUCCGAGUCUCCUGAUCGUGCCUUGCUGAUUUCCGCAGGUGUUAUAAAUAGUUGAAUAACCACUGAUUAUUUUCUGGACCUUUAUUGUUUAUAACUUCAGAAGAAACCAUGGAAAACCAAGAAUUUAUUGUACUAUAUACUCAUCAAAAGAUGAAGAAAUCAAAAGUGUGGCAAGAUGGCAUUCUGAAGAUCACUCACUUAGGAAACAAAGCAAUCUUAUAUGAUGACAAAGGACAAUGUUUGGAGAGUUUAUUUCUGAAGUGUCUUGAGGUGAACCCUGGAGAUGACUUAGAAAGUGAUCGGUACUUGAUCACAGUGGAGGAGGUUCGAGCUGCCGGAAGCAGAGCUGUUCACCAGAAGGUUGACCAAGAGGCGUCCGCGCUCCGUCCAAGGCAGUUGAUGUCCUCUGGCCGGUCCCUCGGAUGCCAGCCUGCUGGCUUGAAAAGGAAGUUCACUGGUUUUCAAGGACCACGUCAAAUGCCAAAGAAAAUGGUUAUUAUGGAAAAUGGUGAACCCACUGUGUCACCGGAGGCUGCAAACCCUGGCCCUAUUUUUCUUUCUCCAUUCUUGAGGGUACCUCCUUUGUUUUCUGUUGCUGGCAAGAAAGACGUAAACAGUGUUGCAGCAGACCCUGAGGACAGAGGACAGUUCCUCUCCAAGGACCGAGGGAGAAAUGGCCCGCCUCUCUCUUCAGUUGGCUCAGCCCAGUCCUCCAGGGGUGACCUGGAGGUGCUGUGGGGAGGGGAGCAGUCCGUCUCUUUACUGGCCAGUGAGCCCAUGGAAAGAGGUAGUUUGGCAUCUCACUGUUUAGGAGCUGCACAGAAUGUCAGGAGCAAAGCACAGAUCCUAGCUCUUCUGAGGUCCAGAUCUACUAGUACGUGCAAGGAAACAGAUUCUGCCAUGGCAGGACAUUUCCCUCGGGUGCAACCACAAGGAAGUUUAAACAUUCCUGCUAACCCAGAGUGCCUAACUGAUCAGGAAGAGUGCGCUGAGGGGAGCACAGGAAGCCUACAGUACCAGCAACCAUCAGGAAGUACCGUGAGAAGUAAAAGCCGGUGGGCUGCAUAUUUAUCCUCACAGAGCUCACCUGUUCAUUCUUCUGCUGUAGAUGGAAAUGACCUAGAAGGGAAACCCAUGGCUCCAGGAGAUAACAUAGAUUUAAAUUUGAGAGACCUUUUGGUACAAAAAAAUGUACAGUUCUUUGAACCAGAUGCUGAAAAUAGGAAAAACUAUGAUGAAGACAAGCCAGUAGUCAAUACUGAUCCAUUCUGGGAUCGGGAAAUAAAAUUAAAAAUUCCUUCAUUCUGUGAAAGCAGCUUACCUGUUACCUGUGGCAAUGUGGAAAAUAAUGGCUUAGUAUCAAAAUCUGAUGCUCAAGAAAAUACUAACAUACCUGUCACUCAAAAUGAUUGGAUGUGCACAAAAGGAUCACUCGUUAGAGAAAAUGUUCAGGAGAUAAAUACAUGUGGAGUACCAGAAAAGGGGUGUGAACAAACAGUGUCUUCCCUGCCAGAAUCUGACUGUCUACAAAUGGAAUCUUCACUAAGUAGCACCUGUAGGAUCUCUGAUGCCAUUACUGACAUGUUGUCUAGAAGAAGUGCUGAUUGUGAAAGUCUUAGUAUUCAAGAACCCAUAAGGAAUGUAACACAACCAUUUUUGGAGGUAAAUUUUAAUCUGAACAAUUUUGAAACCAGUGACUCCGAGGAGGAAUCCCAGGAAAAUAGCGGAAUGCCCCAGGAUCCAGAGGGCUGGGAAAAGGACACCUUGGCUGGAGACUGCAGUUCAGGUGUUCAGAAGAGAGGUGAGGCUGUGCGCUGUGAAGAAGGUGGCAGCGCACCUCUGACUCUCUUAUUGCCUGUUGGGGGAAAACCUACAGGGACAUUUCCUACCAAAGAGGCUCUGCUGUCACGGCUCUGGAGUAAAGCUGGACCCGGUGGAGAUGGAGUACAGGGGUGGGGUGACCCAGCUGUACAGUGGCCAGAUGAGGUGUAUGUGGUUAAUGAAGAUGUUGAAACACCCACACAAGUCAGAAGUAACUCUCAUUUUGCUUUACUCCCAAAUAAAUCUAAAGGCAUGAACUCGAAUUUACAUAUUCCUCAUUUUUUAAGCAUGGACACUAAUCAGACUCUUGAAAGCAACCUAUUUUCAGAAACGACUCAGCACCAGCCUUUCAUUAUGGAAAGUGACUUAGGUGAAAAUGAUAACCAGGUUUUACCAUUGACCUCUGGCAGUGACAACAGUAUCCAGCUAGUAAGUGCCAGUCAGAGUCAUGCAGACGGGUGCAUUGCUCUUGAUAAAUCAGACCCCCAAGUUCCCAAUUCUUUGUUUUACCCUCUGGGAAGAAAGCAGCCUAUUUCCAAUGACACAGAAGCAUGCGUUCCUGAAUCUGAAGAUGUGGGAGGGAUUCCAAGUUUAGCCCAGGACCAUACUGAAGGAGAUAGUGCUGGAGAAAACAGACAAUACUGGAAGAGUCCUAGACAUUCUUCAGAACCUUCUGGAUUAGGAAGCAGCAUUUCCCUUUUAAAGUCAUUGACUGAACAUACUACAGCUUUAGAAGGCUUGGAAAUACUGAAAAAGAAAAAUGCUACAUAUACACCACGAGGAAUGCUGCAGACCCAUGGGCCAGCAAGCAGUCCUGAAGCCAGGAAACCAUUGGUUACAGUAGUUUCACCAGCUGUUCCAAAGUCUCCUCAUCUGACCCAGGAUUCUCAGCAGUGUUCUCCAGGGACGAGGGAAGAAAAUGAAGUUGAAGCAGGCGAACCACUGCAGUCUUUGCAGUUCUUUUCCUUGGGAAGUGAAGAAGAGCCAGCUUUUCCACCUGUUACUCCUAAACAAAUAGCAAGAGAAACCUGGGACCCUCAGCCUGUUGAGUUUCAAGGGCAUCGAGUGCAAGGAUCGGCCACCAGCGCCGUGACGGUCCGAGGGUACAGCUCCCAGCCGGCCUAUGGUCAGGCUCCCGGCUGCCUCGAGCCGCGUGGCUGCAUGGCAGGCACGCGCUUUCCGGUGGCAGGUCCUCCUGGGGCUCGUCUACAGGCUGCCCUCUUGCAGUUCCCAGAUGAAGAAAACUUUCCAAAAGGAGGUGAUAUCUUUAAUAUUGAAGACAAUUUUCAAGUGGUAGCUGAAUCUAAUGAGGACUCAACUGCAAAUGAUUAUUUUCUUCCUAAAGAUUCAGAACUCUCAUGUCAUUAUUUGGAUUAUAAUUUCAAAUCAGCGGAGAGGACUUCAUGGGAAGCAAAUAAGGUGACGUCACCAGAGCAAAAGGUCUCAACAUUAAGCCCUGUGUCUACUUUUUCUCUGGACUUGCAAGACGAAGACUUCGAGCUGGAAUUUCCUGAGGAGUCCCUGAAAGCCAGGACCUCACCGGUAACGAAAAAGUUCAGUUCCCCAGAGAGCCAUGACCUUCCAAGGCACCCUGCAUUAAGUAGAACUCGCUUUCCCCUGGUCACGGUGCCCGCAGCUCCGGGACCCUUGCCUGGCGGGUGUGCAGAGCCCGUGGUGGGUCCUGUGCACUCCAGGCCAGAGGACCCGAGUGAAGCCUCCUUGUGCCAGGCUCCCAGGGAAGUGAGCCCUGGGGCGGCUUCACGUCUCCAUGGAACGCCUGUGCGAAGCAAGUGGCUGAAGUACCAGAACACGGCCCAGGGCGGCCCGUCCACUCCAAGCGGAGCUCAGCCGAGCGCCUCAGCCAGCUGUGCCGGGGCAGUUUGUGGGAUGCGCUGUGGUGCUGCAGGUGGGAGCCCCUGCACUGUGGAGGACAGUCUCCUGGGGGGAGAGUCCACUCGCCUGUGGGUGCUGAGCUGUGCGCUCCGCGGGCAGCAGCCGGGCGCUGGCCCCCAGGACUAUGUUUGCAGAAACAAAGCCCUUUUUCUGAGUUCAAAGCUGGCUUCGGACACGGAGGAAGUCCAGAGUAUGUCGGGAGGGUCUGCGUGCUGCGGCCGUGACGUGACGCAUUCACAGGAGGUAGAUGUCUCUGAACUGUGCUUCCCAAGUCAGCAGAAAACAAAAUGCGUGGCUCUUCCCCGAAGGCAGACUCACAUACCGGCGGUGUUUCAGUCUCCCUCGCAGUACAAGCAGGUCUUCACGUCCUGCCUCACAGAGCAUCUGAAUAUACUGCUCUUCGGGCUGGCACAGAGGCUGCACCAAGCUCUGUCAGCAGUUGACAUGUCGUUUUACACAUCAAAUGGAGAAAAACUGAAAACUGUAGAAAAUAAGGCACCGUCCUGCCAUCACCAUCAACCGGCAAAACUUGUCACGGUUCAAAAGGAAGGCCCAAACAAGGGUCGACUUUUUUACACCUGUGAUGCACCCAAAGCUGACCGAUGUAAGUUUUUUAAGUGGUUCGAAGAAGUGAGCUCAGGGCAUUUAACACAGGAGGAACCCCCGCCUGCCACCGUGCUGAGCGACGUGAAGAGCGUUGGCUUGUACUUACGAAGUCGGAAAGUGCCCCUCUAUGAGGAAUGCCAGCUUUUGGUGAGAAAAGGAUUUGAUUUUCAAAGGAAACAGCAUGGCAAACUGAAGAAGUUUACAACUAUGAAUCCUGAUUUUUAUAAUGAACCUAAAAGCAAACUUUAUCUUAAGCUGAGUCGGAAGGAAAGUUCUUCAACUUACAGCAAAGACGAUCUGUGGGUGGUUUCCAAAACCCUGGACUUUGAGUUGGACACUUUCAUUGCCUGCAGUGCUUUCUUUGGGCCGUCGUCUGCCAACGAGGUGGAGCUGCUACCUUUGAAAGGCUACUUCCCCUCCCGCUGGCUCACAGACACAGUGGUCCACGCCCUGCUGGUGUGUAAUGCCAGCACGGAGCUGACCACCCUGAAAAACAUCCAGGACUACUUUAAUCCAGCCACUCUGCCUCUCACGCAGCACCUGCUAGCGAUGUCAUCGUCAAUUGCAGUUAGCAACAAGAGAGUGGAUAGAAGAAAAUUUAUCCCUCCAGCCUUCUCAAAUACCAACACAAAACGUGACCUGCCCAGCCUAGAAGCAGCAUUGCAGUUAGCUAACGAAUUAAUCGAGACACACAAAUUAAACGAGGAUCAAGCUACAGCUCUCACCCAGAUAGCUCGAAUGGUGGCGUCACACGGACGUGCCGAGGAAGGGAAGGGGCCGCACACCUGCACCCUCCCCAUCACCAUCGUCCACGGUGUUUUUGGAGCAGGAAAGAGCUAUUUGUUGGCAGUGGUGAUUUUGUUUUUUGUGCAGCUGUUUGAAAAGAGUGAAGCUCCUACAGUUGGAAAUGCAAGACCAUGGAAACUUCUAGUUUCUUCUUCCACGAAUGUAGCUGUUGACAGAGUACUGCUUGGGCUUCUCAGUCUUGGAUUUGAAAAAUUUGUCCGAGUCGGGAGUAUCAGGAAGAUCGCCAAGCCGGUUUUACCUUACAGCUUGCAUGCUGGCUCAGAGAAUGCAAACGAGCAACUGAAAGAGCUGCAUGCGCUGAUGAGAGAAGACCUGAGCCCCGUGGACAGAGUCCACGUGAGGAGGAGCAUCGAGCAGCACAAGCUGGGCACCAACAGGACCCUGCUGAAGCAGGUCCGCGUGGUCGGAGCCACCUGUGCGGCCUGCCCUUUCCCGUGCAUGGACGGCCUCCGGUUCCCCGUGGUGGUGCUGGACGAGUGCAGCCAGAUGACCGAGCCGGCCUCGCUCCUGCCUGUCGCACGGUUUGAGUGUGAAAAGCUGAUUCUUGUUGGAGAUCCCAAACAGCUUCCUCCCACUGUUCAGGGAUCCGAUGCAGCUCAUGAACACGGAUUGGAACAGACUCUUUUCGAUCGACUUUGCUUAAUGGGUCACAAGCCGGUUGUGCUGAGGACCCAGUACCGAUGCCACCCUGCAAUCACCGCCGUCGCUAACGACCUGUUUUAUGGCGGGACCCUCAGGAACGGCGUGUCGGAGACGGAGCGGAGCCCACUGCUGGGGUGGCUCCCCACCCUGUGUUUCUACAAUGUGCAAGGACAAGAGCAGAUUGAAGGAGGUAACAGCUUUCACAAUGUGGCAGAAGCUGCUUUCACGCUGACACUGAUUCAAUCACUGGUUGCGGGUGGAGUGGCGGGCUCUGAGAUCGGGGUGAUAACGCUGUACAGAGCCCAGGUGUGCAAGCUGUGCCACUCGCUCAGGGCUGUGGCCUCGGACCAGCCAGGCCUGCGGGCCGUGCAGGUGUCCACGGUGGACGCCUUCCAGGGAGCAGAGAGGGAGGUCAUCAUCCUGUCCUGUGUGCGGACCAGACAGGUGGGCUUCAUCGACUCAGAAAGGAGGGUGAACGUGGCCUUGACCAGAGGGAGGAGGCACUUACUCAUCGUGGGGAACCUGGCCUGUCUGAGGAGAAACCGGCUCUGGGGCCGUGUGAUCCAGCACUGUGAAGGAAGGGAAGGUGGGCUGCAGCACGCCAGCCAGUGUGAACCACAGCUGCGCCAGCUCCUUCAGGACCGCUCUGGACACCACGCAGCAGAAAAGCAGAAGAAGAAGAGAGGGCACGACAAACCUGAAGAUACCUCUCAUUCACAAAAAGGCGUAGAGCCUUCGUGUUUGUAGAAACUCAAGCUCAUUCCACACUGUACGUUUUCCAUGUUUUUAUUACCCCAAACCCCUAGUUGUCAAAAGUGCUUUAUGAUAUUUAAAUAACAUUAAAC